UCCAGCAACUUUAAACCUCUGCGGGAAUCUGAGUUAACGAGACGAACGUGGAAUGAGAAGCAGAAGUGAAUAUUUGAAGUCGGCGGACCAGGACGGGGGAUUUGCACAAAGGAAAUUGUGUGUUCAAGUAAACAAGGGAGGAAAGGAAGGAAAACAAGAAGCAAAAAAAAGAAAUUGAAAAAAGUUUUUGGACUUGGACAAAAAAAUGUCCGUUUUGUGGAAGUUUGCUGGGACCGGAAAGGGUUGGAUGGAGUUUUCUACGAUGUGAAUUUUAAAUGAAUCCAGAAACAGCGAUUUAAACUCCAGAAAACUUUUUUAAACAAUUAUUUGUCCUUUUGUAAACUUAUUACUUGGAUCUUUGCCUUUCUUUCAAUCGCGGAAGAUAUUUUUCCCCAACAAGAUCUAUAAACCUGAGGAUUCUAUACUACUUUAACAGAUCUUGUAAAGGAGGAAGAGGAUACAUUAGCGGAAGAAUAAACCAUUUCUACACGAACAGUCAUGACAUCGCCUGCUAAAUUCAAGAAGGACAAGGAAAUUAUUACCGAGUACGAAACACAAGUCAAAGAAAUCCGAGCCCAGCUUCUGGAACAACUGAAAUGCUUGGACCAGCAGUCAGAGGCCAGGGUCCAGCUGCUUCAGGAUCUUCAAGACUUCUUCCGGAAAAAAUCAGAGAUCGAGAUGGACUACUCGAGGAACCUGGAGAAGUUAGCUGAGCGGUUCAUGGCCAAAACUAGGAGCACAAAGGAUCACCUGCAGUUCAAGAAGGACCAGAACAUUCUGUCUCCUGUGAACUGCUGGUAUUUGCUGCUGAACCAGGUCAGGAGGGAGAGCAAGGACCACACCACACUGAGUGAUAUCUACUUGACCAAUAUCAUCCCCCGCUUUUCACAGAUCAGUGAUGACUCUGUCCGCCUCUUCAAAAAGAGUAAAGAGGUUGGCGUUCAGCUACAUGAAGAUUUGAUGAAAGUCCUGAAUGAAUUGUACACGGUAAUGAAAACCUAUCACAUGUACAAUGCUGACAGCAUUAGUGCAGAAGGCAAGUUGAAAGAAGCAGAGAAACAGGAAGAGAAACAGAUUGGCCGAUCUGUGAAGCAGGAGGACCGGCUGGUUGGCCGCUCACCAGACCCAGUGGCCAACAUCCGAUUCGAGGAGAAGCACCAGAGACGCAGCUCGGUCCGAAAGAUCGAGAAAAUGAAGGAGAAGCGUCAGGCAAAAUACACUGAGAACAAACUCAAGGCGAUCAAGGCACGAAAUGAGUACAUUCUGGCACUGGAGGCUACCAACAGCUCCGUCUUUAAAUACUACAUCCAUGAUUUGUCCGACCUACUUGAUUGUUGUGACCUUGGGUACCAUGCCAGUCUGAACCGCGCAAUGAGGACAUUUCUUUCAGCAGAGAUUAAUGUUGAGCAAUCCAAGCAUGAAGGGUUGGAGAUCAUUGAAAAUGCCAUCGACAGCCUAGAUGCAACCAAUGACAAACAGCGUCUUAUGGAACUAUACCACACCGUGUUCUGUUUGCCACCAAAGUUCGAUUUCCAGCCACACAUGGGUGACGGGGUUUCUCAACUGUGCGCUCAGCAACCAGUGCAGGGAGAAUUGGUACAGCGGUGCCAACAACUCCAGUCCAGGUUGGCCACUCUAAAGAUUGAGAACGAGGAGGUGAAGAAGACUAUGGAAGCCACACUACAAACAAUUCAGGACAUUGUCACUAUUGAAGAUUUUGAUGUGGCCGACUGCUUCCAGUACACUAACUCCACUGAGUCAGUCAAAUCCACUCUUUCAGAAACCUUCAUGAGCAAACCCAGCAUUGCCAAGAGGCGAGCCAAUCAGCAAGAGACAGAACAGUUCUACUUCACGAAACUGAAAGAGUAUUUUGAAGGCAGAAACCUGAUCACCAAACUGCAAGCGAAACAUGACCUUCUGCAAAAGACUCUGGGAGAAAGUCAGAGAACAGACUGUUCCAUUGCCAGUGGACGGCGGAACUCCAGUGUAAGAAAGCAGGAUGGAAGCCACAUCAUUCCCCUGGUGGUGGAGAGUUGCAUCCGUUUUAUCAGCAGGCAUGGGCUGCAGCAUGAGGGGAUUUUCCGAGUAUCAGGAUCACAAAUUGAAGUUAACGAUAUCAAAAAUGCCUUUGAAAGAGGUGAGGACCCUUUGGCAGGAGAUCAGAAUGACCAUGACAUGGACUCGAUAGCAGGAGUGCUAAAACUACAUUUCAGAGGCCUGGACAGCCCACUCUUCCCCAAAGAAAUUUUCCAUGACCUGAUGUCCUGUGUCACUAUUGAAAACCUUGCAGAGAGAGCUCUUCAAAUCCGCAAAGUCCUUCUGACUUUACCGAAACCCACCAUCAUCAUAAUGCGUUAUCUCUUUGGUUUCCUCAGUCACUUGUCUCAGUUCAGUGAGGAAAACAUGAUGGACCCUUACAACCUGGCUAUCUGCUUUGGGCCCACACUAAUGUCCGUGCCUGAGGGACAUGAUCAAGUAUCCUGCCAGUCUCAUGUCAAUGAACUGAUAAAGUCCAUCAUUCUGCAUCAUGACACCAUUCUCCCAGGACAAAAGGAACUGGAAGGGCCUGUGUACGACAAGGGGUUGACAGGAGAGGAUUACUGUGAGAGUCCUCAUGGGGACCCUACCUCUGCUGAAGAUGUUGUGCAGGAUGUUGGGACAGAAGCACACACCAGUGAAGAUGAAGGUGAGCCGAUAGAAGCCAUUGCAAAGUUUGAUUACACUGGACGCACAGCCCGGGAGCUCUCCUUUAAGAAGGGCGCGAGUCUGCUACUCUACCACAGAGCUUCAGAGGACUGGUGGGAGGGUCGACAUAAUGGAAUAGAUGGACUCGUCCCACAUCAAUACAUUGUUGUCCAAGACACUGAUGAUACAUUCUCUGACCGACUGAGCCCAAAAGGAGACAUUGAGCCUAGCAGCGCACCACCCCCAGAGGAACGACCCCUGUCAAAGACCAGCGUUGGUUCACCAACGGGACACGUCGCAGACAUUUACUUAGCAAAUCUUAGCAGACAGAAGAAGAAACAGGAAUCUGGGAGUAUCCGGCGAUCAUUCCGAACCACUGACAGUCAUAGUCUCACUGGACAUGGAUUGGCUUCCUCACCCACAGAUGGUGUGCCCCAAGGCUCUGCCAGUCCCAAGAGCUCUCCACAAGUAACCCAAAGCAGUUCGAAGGAAACGCCAGACAAACGGCCAGUUGUGACACACGGCAGCCUGAACUCAAUUAAUCGCCGGCCCUCAGCAAACAGGGCAGACAGCCCGCAGAUUCGUAAGGUGGUGGCGGCAGGAAGGUCCAAAAGCUUCAGUAACCACAAGCCACUGGACCCGGAGUCUAUUGCACAGGAUAUUGAGGCCACAAUGAAUUCAGCCCUCAAUGAGUUGCGUGAAUUGGAGCGUCAGAGCACAGUGAAGCAUGCCCCAGACGUGGUCCUAGAUACUCUAGAACCCAUGAAGACACCUCCAUCCAUGGGUCCCACAUCCGAACCUUCCAGCCCACUCCAUUCCCGGAUUUUGAAGGACUCCGAAUCUUCUCUCCAGCGGAGUGCCAGCUCAUCUGGGGACAUGCCAUGCACCUUCAGGCCUGUGAAAUCCGUGAAAAUAGCGGCUCAGGUGAAGCCUCCUGCACUAAGGCCUAAACCAGUAGUUUUUCCAAAGACCAAUCCAACUACUCCCAGCCUUGGAUCCCCAACAACACAGCAAGCAACCGACAAGUCUUGCACCGUGUGAGACCCUCUGCAUGGGCUUAGGAAGAAAAAGUGAGUGCCAUUUGAGUGUUCGUAAGAGGGGAGAAGGAACCAAUAAUGGUGCCUUCAAUCAUCAUUCAGCUCAAGAAAUGGUCUUGCUUUGAAGCAGGAGUUUGGUCCAGUUCUGCACCCAGAAUGCCAAUCAGUCCUGUCCCCUGAUGAAUUUUAGAUCUUCCUAUAACAUCUCAUCAAACCAGCAAAGCCAAUAUACUUCAGUGUGUUUCGGUCUUUGCAACAUAACUGGAAACCGAUAUAAUGCAGACUUCAUUCAGCCCUUGCAAACCAAAUAGAUUUAUGCGUUGAUAUGUUUUCCAUCUGUCUUCCCAACUUCCUCUCUAAAAUCCAUUGCUUCCUACACCUUUGCCAGCUUUCACAGCAGAUUUGAUGGUUAUUCUGUGCCAUCCACAUUCGGUUAUCGAAGGAAAAACAGCAAUCGAAUCGUUUGUUGCCUUGAAAACAAUGAACGGAAUUUUUUGUUGAAUCCUCAUGACUGUUACGGUAACUCGGGUAUUUUGUUGGGGCCCUUGGUUUGCCUCAGAAAUUUACCACCAAAAAAAAGACAAAUUGAAUGACGUGGGUUAUGCAAACCAUCAGCUCUUUUAAGAAAGAAAUUGUAAUCAAGUCUUGCUAUGUGUCAUUAUUUUUGAAAUUUUAUUUUUGAAAGCUGAGUACAUUUGUAGUACCAAACAAAGCAAGGCUUGUCCACUUGUGUGUCUAGGGAGCAAGGCCUUGUUAAAGGCUUCAGAGCUUAGCGCAAGGAAAAAAAACAAUUAAUUUUUAAUUUUUUUUAUUGGACUUUAUUGUGAACAGUUCAUUGUAAAUGGUGAAUUAUAUUUUGACAGAUUCAUUGUAUUUGAAAACUGGAAAUGUUUUGUAGGGUAGUAAAUUUAAAAAAAAAUAAUAUUUUUAGGGGAGAGACUCCCAGUCAACCUCAGAUGCUGUCCUGUGAAAUUCCAGAGCAAUCUACAAACUGGCAUUUUGUUAUCCAAUCUUUUACCCAUUAUUUCUUUGUGAUCAGAGAAAUGUUUAGAUGAAUUUUGUUUCUCCAUAACUCCUAUUUUUUUUUGUCUGUGAAAUGCCCCAGCCAAUGUAAAUUGUAUUUGUACUUGGUGUUUUACUAACCUCUGAAGGAGUAAUGUUAUUUUAUUAGGGUCUGAUUUAGAAGCAGCGUUCAAACUAUUGCGAUUACUGUGAGAUUCAGGCACCACCCAGUUGUCAGAUUGAGCCAAGAAGGCCGGAAACAUCCUCUCUCCCCCUCAACACUGCCCAGUCGGUGCUGUGUUAAUUGAUCUCAGAAACUGCAGUUGAGCACAGUGCCCUGGUUAGGAAAGAGAGUAACACCAUCCAAGCUUCCUACUCAAUCUCUAGUCAUCAACACUAUUCCCACCUUGUAAAAUGCAUCGAAAAGCAAAAUCUGCAGAUGCCAAAAGUCUGCAAUCAAAACAGUAAAUAGUGAAAAUAUGUGCAGAGAGAGCAACAGAAGUAACAUUUCAGGUUUAUGGUACCUCACCAGAACAGUAUUUUCUGCUUUUAUUGUAGAAAAUGCAUAUCAAAUGAGAAUAGGAUCAAACUAGGCAUGAUGUUCCCAUGGUAGGAAGGCCUGUGGAUGUUCAUAAUCCAGGCCCCUAAUUCAACAACGACAAUUUGCAUUCAUACAGUGCCUUUAAUGCAGUACAACAUGCCAAAGGGUUCACUGGGAAAUAAUCAAAUAAAAUUUUUCUGAGCCACGCAAAAGGAUAUUAGAACAGCUGACCAGUAGCUUAGUCAAAGAUAGAUUUUACUCAUCAUAAAAGAAGAGAGAGGGGUGAAGAGGUUUAGGAAAUAAAUUCCAGAGCUUAGGACCUCAGCAGCUGAAGCUUCAGCUGCCAGUGCUGGAGUGAUUAAAUAUGGGGAUGAAGGAGACCGGAGGAGUGCAGAUAGCUCUAAUUAAAAUAUCGAAAGCCUGUGGAAUUUCAUUCUUUGGCACAAGUCAAAAGCUUGAAUGAAGGCAUUCCUGUUCAGAAAUAUCCAGGCUGAGACCAACUAAGCUGAACCUUUCCCUUGUACAACAGAGUAGCUCACCGGCAUCAUCGUUGUCAGUGGCCAGGGUAGGUUAACCUGCUGAAUCUGACUUUCCAUCAAGUGGAAAGUGGGAAUAGCCAAGUGGUCCUCAUCCUGCAGCCUGGGAGUUCUUGGAGCUAAACUCUCUGCUGCACUUCCUGCCACAGAAUGCCGUAGUAUUUUAUUUGAAGAUUUUGACUGGGGCUAAGAUCUGUGUUGGUGAAAGAAGUGAUUAUUCAGCAUUUACAGAAGAUUCCACAUAUGUCCGUCAGUCCUACCUUACUCACGACUCCUUCUCUUCCCCCCGACACGCACGCACGCACACACACACACACACGCACGCAAAAAUAAAUAAUACAAGAUGAUCAUUUUAGUUGCUUGCUAUCCAAACAGCCAGGUCUUCCAAUUCCAAGUUCCACAUCACUGAGGUUUGUUUGAUAGCCAGUCUGUUAAAAUUUCAACAAAUUGAGCAUUGGAACCAACCGAAAAUAUCCUGCAUGAUUUUGAUUGCAGUGGUGAGAGAGCUUCAUGUAUAUUUAAAUCCAAUUUGAUGGCUUCUUGCAGGGAUGAAGCAAGGCCUUACUUAUGGGUUAAACCAGUGAAUCCUGCCUGAACUCAAGUGGGCAAUGGUGGGGAGAAGAAUGACAUGGAGAGCAGGAAUGGGAUUUCGAGAGCUGAUUCCCUACACCAAGGCUGGUCAUAGAAGGGUGGUAGAGACAGUCAGGAUGAUCACAGUGUGUAUUUUUUCCCCUAUGUUAAACCACCUGCAAGGACCCAUUUGUGUUGUGCACGAGGUUGAAGGGUUCUGGUGGGAAUGGGGAAGCUGCUUAGAUCAGUCCUUUAAUGUCAGUAGAUUCUGCAGUUACACGUAAAAUUCACCAGCACACGUCAAAGGCAUCACCAAGCAGAGAUUUGUUCAGUGGCAUUUCGAAUCCAUCCACUCAGGACGCAUCUCAACAGGCUGGUCAAACCAACAAGAUCUUUUGAAUCUCCAUUCUCAACAGCUGCAUAUACCCCACCAUGUGGACCCAAGCUCUACAGACUGGACGGAUCCCCAGUCUACGCUGAGAUGUCAAUCCUCGACAAGGGAUGGAGGAGCACUGGGAUCGGCCUUCAAUGCCCUUCACCCAUUGGGCGAUGCUCCCAGUGCUAACUGUUUUGCAGCAGCUUCUGCUGGGUAGUUUGGUGUGAAAUGACAACUGCAUCAAGGUCAUAUGUGAUGCUGAGUGGUGGAAGAGUCUGUCAUCAUUGUCAGAGCUGGUCUGAUGUACUGUAAUCCGGAAUGAGUCAGUGACUUGGGGGAGGAUUGUGGGUGCACCGUGUUACAAAAACAGUGUUUGUCAUAAAGUCUCAUCUUCCCCAUGAACUUUAAUGCCAGUGUUGUUCACUGUCAUUGUUAUGGGCCACUGUGGUUGAACAGUUAAUACCCAAUGGUAUGAAUUCAGACCACUGCAUAAGUAAGGCUGUAAUAAUUAAUUGUACAGAAUAUCUGUGUAUAUGUAACUACACAUCAGUGACUGUAAGGUACAGCAUUUUCUGGUACAGUAUUGUGCAGAAUAUUAGAUGUUAGUCAAUGAUCAAUAAAUCUCAUAUUAGUCUCCA